CCGUCGCAGGUUGUCACAAUUAUCAUCGGUUUCAUAAAGCUGCAAAUCGAUCGAUACAAGACACGUCAGUACAGCAAAGUCGACAAGGGGAAGCAGACGCAGACGCCAGAGAUGCUCGAAGCACAACCAGUAACACGAGUACAAUCGCAAACCACAGACGAAAUCCCGUUCGGUAUUCGAGCGAUCGAGAGUGGAAUUGAGGUCGAUGGCGUUUGGAUCUCGAGAACCAACACACCGGUUGGCAGCAGUCGCUCGUCCAUCAUGACCGAAUCGAAACUUCCGCGAAGCUUCAAUAACUCCCGGAUUGAGCUCCCUCAGAUGUCAUUCCAGGGGUCAAGUCGCGACAGCUCAAGGGCGCCGAGCUCCUUCGACCGUGCAGUCUCAGCUGAGCGGUUACCCAAUGACGACUCGCGCUCUUCUUCGUAUGGGCCAGUUGCUGGAUCUUCCCGACAAAGCGCAUCCGGAAAUGCUCCGCGUAACUCAACUCUACAGUAUCACUCUGGUCCACCCUCGCCGCGUCAUGCAAGCCAUCGUGCUAGCCCUUCUGAUUCCUACAAAUCUAGUCGCCGUACCAGUGACGAGUCAGACUACAUGGCUGUUCAGCACGACACUUUGCCAUAUCAGACAGCCUACAUCAGGCCGGCAACUGGAUCUGUCCCCAACGAUCCUCGCACCGAUCUCGAUCUGCUCCAAACCCACCGCAUGUCGCAUGUAGCCGAGACUGGGCAACUCACACCCCGAGUUCGCAGACCAGGUAAUAGCGGAGAGUGGCUGGGCAUUGCGGACAACCAGACCUCAUCGCUCAAUGGUGUUAACUAUUUUGUGCCCCAGAAGACUCCCUCUCCUCCUCUGCCCACUGUUAUCGACCCGCGAGACGAAGAAGAAGCAGUGGCCAGUUCCGCGUACACAUAUGUUCAGGACAACCAUGCAACAAAUCAGGCUAGGCAGGCAAGACCGCUGAUGGAAUCAUACGCGCCAAAGGCCGCCUACUACCCCGACACUUACCAACCUCGCUUUCCUCAACACCAAAUGUCAUACGACGAGGUGCCCUACGAGGUCCAGACGCCUCAAAACGCGCAGCGUGACCCAGAAGUCCUUCGCAGUGUCAACUCUGGCUUCCAGGUUCUGAGGCCCGGCACAUUCGCGCCGCCAGUCCCAACACCAGAAGAAGAGGAGCUCACCGAGCGGAGACAGUCGAGGAAGCUUCAGAAGAAGCGCCGAACAUCGAGCGAAUCGCGGAAAUCAGCCUUUGUUGAGCAGGUCUAAGCCCUUUGCUCCUGUCACGUCAUUUGCAGCGUGUCUCGCGUCGUCAGGUCUACACGCACACGCUGCCAUCUCUUCUUCUUCUUCUUCAUCCUCCUCACGACCUUGUACGAUCUGCUCUCGCUAGUGCUGC